AUGCACAGCAGACCAUCUACCAUGACUGUCAUCUUUGCCGCUGUACAGCUAUCCACACGAGUAGCCAGUCGACAAUCCAAAGCCACCAAUUUGAGUCAUCAAUUAUUCCGUCGAGGCUCCUCUCUACGAUCGUUGUCCACAUCAUCAUCAUCAUCGUCAUCUUCAUUGAAUGACGACAACAAAUAUUUUACGAUUGGCCUUACAGGUGCCAGCGGAUUGAUUGGUACAGCAUUACGAGAUGAAAUCAGCAACAUAGGUUCCAUUAAUGGCAAGCCAGUUCGGUGCGUUGCUUUGAAACGAGGUUCCAAGGCUGACAAAAAGCCAUUAAACGAUGAUUCAGCAAAUACCAGUUUGGUGUGGAAUCCGAAUGGAAAGACCCCCGAAGAAGUUAUUGAUCCUUCUGCACUCCAAGACAUGGAUGCUAUCGUACAUCUUUCGGGAGAGAAUAUUUCCACAGGACUGUCGGGUCCACUCGCGCCACUUGGAAUUCGACCUUGGACGGAUGCCAAAAAGAAGGAAAUCAUUGAUUCUCGAGUCAUUACUACUCGGGCUCUUGCCCAGGCAAUUGCUAAAAGCGAAAAGAAACCCUCGUUUCUAGUAGCUGGAGGUGUGGGGGCAUAUGGUCCUGAUUUUUUCGAGGGGGCUAAGGCAGCUGACGAAUCGGCCGAUAUUUCCAAAUCCACUGGCUUUCUGGCGGAAAUCAGCCGCAAGUGGGAAGGAGCCGCACAAGAGGCAGAUGACAGUGGAGCCCGAGUUGUGAAAAUGCGCAAUGGUGUCGUCUUGUCGACGAAAGGUGGUGCCAUGGCCAAAUUAUAUCCCAUUUUCUUGUUGGGUGGAGGAGGCAUUGUGGGAUCCGGAAAGCAGUACUUUCCCUUUAUCUCCGCCAGAGACAUGGCACGGGCCAUGAUCCAUGUCCUACAAACUCCCAGUCUAAAUGGCCCAGUGAACAUGUGUGCUCCUAGUGGAUGCACCAAUGCGGAAUUCACGAGUGCUAUUGGCAAAGUGUUACGUCGGCCAACCAUUUUGCCGUUUCCAAGCUUUGCGGUGUCACUCCUCUUUGGAGAAAUGGGUGAAGAAAUUCUACUUGGCGGAACGAGAGCACAACCACAAAAGCUGCUGGAUUCUGGUUUUGAGUUUGCUCAUCCUACUGUGGAAGAAGCCGUUCAGAGUGCUGUGGAUGAAGAUAUUUAA